UGUUAUAUAACACAAACAAAUUACAAAAAGUUUGCUUAAUUUAACUGAAGUGUUAUUGUGCCAAUAAAAAUGAAAGCAAUUGAUAAACAAGAUACAUUAGACAAGUUUAAAAAUUUGUGCACUCUGACUCAAUUUACAUUGCAGUUUACGUUGUGAUAUUGAGCUAGUUCAAAUAGAAGCAACAUUUAAAUAAACGUAAGAUUACAUUAUCUUAUCAGUCUUUCUGAGCAUUGAGAAUAGAUUUAUUAACGGUAUGUCAUCAUUUUUUAUUGUCCUUGGAUUACUGCAAAUAAAUUAUUAUUAUCAAGCUUAACAAUGUUGAAGUGCUCUGAAGUAAAUGUUACCAUUCGAAAAGCCAAGAAAGAAGACAUGAUACAGGUUUUCAAACUGAUUAAGGAUCUUGCAGAGUUUGAGAAACUUGAAAAUCAAAUAAAAAUCAAUGCAGAAGUACUAAUGAAGGAUGGUUUUGACACCGACAAUCCAGCUUUCACAUGUCUGGUGGCAGAAUUGUCAGAUGGUCACAUUAUGGGAUAUGCACUGUAUUAUACCGCAUAUUCCACCUGGCUAGGAAAGUCUGUUUUUCUUGAAGAUCUAUACAUCCAACCUGCUUACCGUAAAAUUGGUAUAGGCAAACAAUUAUUUAUGGCAGUAGCAAAAAUAGCUCAUGAAUCUGCAAGUAAAAGAUUAGAUUUUCAUGUUCUCUCCUGGAAUCCAGCAGGAGAUUUUUAUAAAAGUUUAGGCGCUGAAAAUUUAACAACUUCGGAAAAGUGGCAACUUUUCCGACUAAAUGAAGAUGCUUUAAAUAAAAUGUUUACGUGAGCGUUUUUGUUUAUUAAAGUUAAAUUAAUUUUAAAAUAAACACUAGUACCAUAGCAAAACAUAAAAUGAGCAGUAUGCAGAACCAACCAAAUUGAUUUAAAAUUGCAGUGUAAAUAACUUAUACUUUGGUUUUACAAUUUUUAGAGACAAUACUUUUUACAUUUUCAAAGUGGCAAAAAAUGUGCCAAGUAUAAGUUUUCAGUGUGAUCAAUAAGAAAAUGGAUUAUGGCUCAAACGCACUUUGUACUACACUGCGCAUAAAAGCUGCUUUACAACCCAUGAUUUCAAUAACGUUCGAAUAUUUUAAUAAUUUUUUAUCUGAAACAAUUUGUGCAAUACAGAAAUAAAAUGACAAAUUAACACUUAUAAAUUUAGAUCAGAUUGUUUUGGUGUAUUUGGAUAUUGUAUUUUUUGAUGCACAUUGAAUAAAUGCUCCUGUAACAUGACUUGACCACCAUAUAUGUUGCCACAAAUAUGACACCUUAAAAAAACCUCACAGUAGUUAAUUAAAUUGUUUUAAACUUGUAGACUUACUGGUAUUUUUUCUUCUUAGAAACUCCGAGAUGCAGUUUCUCAUGAACUGCUAAAUUAUAUCUUUCUGCAAACUUUUUACCACAAGUGCCACAACUAAAGCGCUUUUCACCAGUAUGUACUUUCAUGUGCCUUUUAAGGUGAGAUCCUGAUAAUAAAAACAAACCGCAACGUU